AGUGCUUCUGCGACUGAUAAAAUCAAAAUGAACAUAUCAAUCAAAGCAUAUCGCUAUAUAAAUCCAACUAAAACCGUAACCCACCAUCUUCUUCUUCCUCAAAAUUUAUCCCUCCUUAUCCCUUCAUCUUCUUCAUCAUACCCAAUUCUUAGAAAUAGCAAUAAAAGGAAGAAAGCAGUUCAUUUGUGUUUCGGGGUGGCGGCAGAAGGAGAAAGCAAUUUGACGACUAAUAUUGCUAGUACUGGCUAUGUGAAAGGCUCGGGAACAACUGCCAGAGGGAGGAGGCUGCUGAGGAUUCGGGAGGAGAAAACAAAGCGAGAAUAUGACCGUAUGCACAACUAUCCUGCUUGGGCCAGAGUACUGGAAAAUGCCUGCAAAGACGAUACUGAGCUCCGGGCAGUUUUGGGAGAUAGCAUUGGCAAUCCUGAGCUAAUGAGGAAGCGGGUUGAAGAACGGGUUCGAAAGAAGGGUAGAGACUUCAGCAAGUCCAAAACUGGUUCUGUGCUUGCCUUCAAAGUCAGCUUUAGAGAUUUCAAUCCCCUUGAUUCUUACAUAUGGUUUGAGUUAUAUGGAUCACCAUCUGAUCAGGAAGUUGAUCUUCUUGGCAGUGUUAUUCAGGCGUGGUAUGUUAUGGGACGUCUUGGUGCCUUUAAUUCUUCAAAUUUACAGUUGGCAAAUUCAUCAAUGGAGUGCAAUCCCCUGUAUGAUGCAGAUCAGGGUUUUAAAGUGAUGCCAUCAUCUUUCCAUGACAUCAGUGAUAUUGAGUUUCAGGAUAGUUGGGGCCGUCUCUGGGUAGACCUUGGGACUUCUGACUUGUUCUCCAUUGAUGUACUCCUCAACUGUUUGACCGUAUUGAGUUCGGAUUAUUUAGGCAUUCAACAAAUAGUUUUUGGUGGUCAACGCAUGGGUGAUUGGGAAGAGGGUAUGACAAACCCUGAAUACGGUUACAAGUACUUCAAGAUCUGAACGGAAUAGACCAUCUGGAAAAUAUAGGUAUCUAGAAGGCUUUCUAAGUUUAGUUGUUGCUGUAGACUGAUAGAGAUGGCCAUUGCUUGUCUCCAUGACCGUGACCUAUUAUCUAACUAUGAAAAUUUAGAGAUGUGAAGUGGAAUCUCCUACAUGGCCACAUUUUAGUCUCCUCCACCUAGCGCUUAGAUUGCUUCCUAAUGAAUGAAUAUUGUUGUUGCGCUCAAAUUUCUUUUGUUGAGACUGAUGGCAAUUGCAGCUUUCCAAGUUCUGGCAAUUCAAUUGUGGAAUGUGAACCUCCUCCACAAGCGCACCAAGAUUAAAUUUUGCAGUGGACUUGAGCCUACUCCAUAGGGAAGUUGCAGAGAAUGAUCUUUGAGCCUACUCCAAUCAACCUGACCUUCCAUAGGAUAAUAGGUGCUUAAGCGGGAACAAAAACUGGAAUCAACUUAACCAGGGUAUUGCAUUUCCCUGUGCUCUAUUUGAUCUAGAAAGAUAUCUUUGACUUGGUUCGUCUCUCGGGCCUAACUAAGUGUGACCGUUUGCACUUAACGGUCAAUAAACAGGACUGUUAGCUUAAUUGGACGGAGGGACGACAACUGCAUGUUUUUACAUUGUAGAGGGAUGACAAGUGCAUGCUUUUACAUUGUAGAGGGACGACAUGAAGCCAAUUCAUAGUAGAAGGUUUAGAAUGCACUAUUUUGGAUAGUAGAGGGACGAUAGAUGGCCU